GUAAAGUCUGCUUUAAAUGACUUGUUUACCGGUUUCAGUUCAGUCAGAGUGGUCGUAGAGAGAAAUGAAGACAAAUGGACAAGAAAAGCUGAAGAUGUAGGAAUGUUCAAGCAAAAACCACGGGACAGUAGAGGACUUCAACUCAGUGUACAUCUGGAUUUUAAAAGUAUGGGCAGUUUGGUGUGUUCUCUCCGCUCUCUUGGAUAUUCUGGAGCCAGACAACUUUCUUUGUUCCAUUUGUUGCUCCUGUGGGACUCAACAAGAACUCUGACUGCUUUCAGGCGGGCCAGUCUGUCCAUCUGGGGAUGGGGGGGCCUCGGGGUUGUGCUGUUCCUCGUCACCUUUGGACCUUUUGCCAUAUUCUACCUGGCCUUUUAUAUCUUUUGCUUUAUUGGCGGGGGCUUUGCGGUCACUUUGCUUUAUGGAAAGAUCAACUCAGAGAAACUCCUAGAAAAAUGCGAGCACUCUUACUUGCCACCCACGCAAAUUGGAAUACAGAAGACACUGGAGGAGAUGAAACUGGAGAACAAGCCUAUAAAGAUCGACAGGAGACUGACUGGCUCUAGUAUUAUUGAUGAACCACUACAACAGGUGAUCCAGUUUGCACUGAGAGACUACAUCCAGUACUGGUACUACACUCUGAGUGAAGACGAGUCCUUCUUACUGGAGAUCAGACAGAUGCUACAGACUGCCCUCAUCCACUUUUCCACGCGGUCCAAAGAGGUGGACUGGCAGCCUUAUUUCACCACUCGCCUGGUGGACGACUUUGCCACCCAUUUACGUGUCUUCAGGAAAGCCCAGGAUCGCCUCGCUGACAGAGAAGACAAGCAGAAGGACAUAACAGAGGAGAUGGUUGAUUCCUUCUUUGAGGCAGAGGUGGAGAUGGAGAGGAAGAUUUGUCGAGAUGUCGUUUGCACAUCACACAAAGAUGAAGAAGGUUUUCUCCGUGACCUGUGUGAGCUGCUUCUGUACCUGUUACUACCUCCUGGUGAAUUCCACAACAAGAGCAUGAGAUACUUCCUACGGGAGGUGCUGGCUUAUGGUGUGCUACUCCCUCUGAUCAACCAGCUGAGUGAUCCCGACUACAUUAACCAGUUUGUCAUCUGGAUGAUUCGGGACAGCAGCUGUAACUACGAAGCCUUCAUGAACAUCUUGAAGUUAACAGAUAAGCCCGCUGAGCUGGAAGCUGUUAGAGACAAGGUGCUGGAGGAGCUGCAGUAUCUCCGCUCUCUGGAUACAGCGGGAGAUGACAUCAAUGUGAUCAAGAACCAGAUUAACAGUCUUCUGUUUGUGAAGAAGGUGUGUGAGACGAGAAUCCAGAGGCUGCAGUCUGGAAAAGAGGUGGAUACGCUGAAGCUAGCAGCUAACUUUGGAAAACUGUGCGUCAUCCCGUUGGAUCACAUCCUUGUUCACAACAUAGCGCUGCAGUUUUUCAUGGACUUCAUGCAGGCAGCCGGAGCUCAGGCAGAGCUCUUCUUUUGGCUCACUGUGGAAGGAUACAGGGUGACAGCGCAGCAGCAGCUGAUGGUGAUGGAGGGCUGGCAGAAAGAUGAAAACAAGCAGCCUGGCACCACAAAGGGGCUGCUCCGGGCUGCUGCUCUGGGUGUCUAUGAACAAUACCUCUCUGACAAGGCGUCUCCCAGAGUGCAGGUCGACAAAGUGUUGGUGACCAAACUGGGAGAGAAGCUGCAGAAAGAUGACCCCACACCUGAGAUAUUUGAUGAAAUUCAGAGAAAGGUGUACGAAAUGAUGCUGCGAGAUGAUAGGUUUUACCCGUCCUUCAAGCAGAGUCCUCUCUAUGUCCGGAUGCUGGCUGAGCUGGACAUGCUGAAAGAGCCCAGCUACAGAGGCUCUGACGACGGGGAUGGAGAGUCCUUCAACGGCUCCCCCACAGGAAGCCUCAACCUGUCACUGGAUGACUUGACCAACGCCUGCCAGGAUGAGUUUUUGCAGCUACAUGCCUUUAUCUCUGACACAGGGGUUUGCAACGAUCAUGGAAAGACUUACGCACUGUACACCAUCACCGUGUUCAGAAGGAACCAAGACGGUAGCGAUGACUCCUGGAAGACCUACCGGCGCUACUCAGACUUCCACGACUUCCACUUGAGAAUCACUGGACAGUUUGAGAACCUGUCGUCGAUCCUCAAGUUGCCCGGGAAAAAAACCUUCAACAACAUGGACCGAGAGUUUUUGGAGAGGAGAAAAAAAGAUCUUAAUGCUUACCUACAGCUGCUGCUAAACCCAGAGAUGGUGAAGGCCUGUCCAACUCUGAUUCCAUAUGUCUUUGACUUCCUGGAGAACAAGCCCUACAGCAAAGGCAAAGGAGACUUUGCACGCAAGAUGGACACAUUUGUGAACCCGCUGCGGAGUUCCAUGAGGAACGUGUCCAACGCAGUAAAAUCGCUACCGGACAGUUUAACCGAGGGCAUGACCAAGGUCUCUGACAACAUGGGCCGGAUGUCAGAAAGACUGGGUCAGGACAUCAAACAGUCCAUAUUCAAGGUGCCUCCACUCCUUCCCAAGUCUGACAUCGACCCAGAACACUGCCGAGUCUCCGCCCAGCUUGACGACAAUGUGGAUGAUAACAUCCCGUUACGAGUGAUGCUGCUUCUAAUGGACGAGGUGUUUGAUCUGAAGGAGAAAAACCAGUGGCUGCGAAGGAACAUAAAGAACCUGCUGCAGCAGCUCAUCAGAGCCACUUAUGGUGACACAAUCAACAGGAAAAUCGUGGACCAUGUGGACUACUUGACAUCACCCGAGCAGGUGUCUGAUUACGUGAAGAAGUUCAGGGAUUCCUACUGGCCUAAUGGAAUUCUAGCUGAGACUCCACCCCGCCGGGACAAGUGCAUCCGAAUGAGGACACGGAUAGCUGCCAAGACCAGCCUGUUGGGCAUCAUGCCAGAUGAGCUGAAGCACAUCAUUGGAGCCGACACCACCAGAAAGGGCAUCCUCCGCGUCUUUGACAUGUUUCAGUACCAGCCUAUGAAUCGACGACUCGUCUACGUGUUUUUGGAGGGCUUCCUGGAAACCAUGUUCCCCCAGUACAAGUUCCCUGAGCUGUUUGUCAAGCUGCACUCCCGCUCACCACGGAUCCGUAGAUUCAGCCAGAAACUCAAAAGGUGACAGGAAAGGACGGCAGCAUCAGAACACGUGACAGAUGGGCGGAGGCCUGAAAGGGAGGGUGUGUGAGGGGCGCUUGGUGUGAACACUGCCCAGCCCUCUCUGUUCACACACUCCUGUGGGUGGAUAACACUCCUGCAGUCUGACUAAUUAGAACCGGAGGAGCAGCUCUGCCGAACUCGUCUGACUCGACAGCAAACCCAAACCUGAUCAUUUGCACCAAGAUUGAACAUGGAGUCUCUUUUUUUCCUAUAAUUUCCCUUUUUUGGGGGGCUUUUUUGUUGCAUUGAGCUUUAUCUGUGUCCAGCUGCUUCCCUGUGGUCCAGAGAGCAGACAACAGAGUUUUUAAAAAGCGGAGGACUUCUUAGUGUAAUCCCACACCUUGCCUUACCUUCCUGCUUCACUCGUCCAUCUCAGAGCCAUACGGCUGGAAUCAAUCGUACCCACAUGCUGCAGAAGCACUUGUUCAUUAGAAAAUAUCAUUUUGGUAGCAAACUGUCAAAAGCACUGGGUUGAAGAGGAGCCAUUCUCAAAAUGUGACUGAAGAUGGUUUGAAAUUUUUCUUUUUUUCCUCUUUAUUAACAUCCUUUGUGCUUCUUCUGAUGAGCUCCAGUGUUUCACCCACUAACAACCAGGCCACUUCCCCUUUAAUCUCCUAACCUGACAACCAAAGCUUGUGUGUGUGUGUGUGUGUGUGUGUGUGUGUGUGUGUGUGUGUGUGUGUGUGUGUGUGUGUGUGUGUGUGUGUGUGUGUGUGUGUGUGUGUGUGUGUGUGUGUGUGUGUGUGUGUGUGUACCAGCCUUAAAUCUAUUUAGUGAAAACUGACCACGCGAAGCAGGCUAGAGGGAGCUUUCCUUCACUGUUUGAACAUUACAUGGAAAUAAAGAUAUUUCCCUUUUUGCUUUACUUCUAACAAAAUAUUAGUUUUUGGUGCAAUAUAUCGAUUUUUUUCUUUAAUGCAUCUGCAUUUCGAUCAUUUGUGUAUUAAAAUGAUUUUUUUAGGGAGGAAAAGAUGAAAGAAGUCUCCCACAUUUGUCUUUUUACCCCAACGACUUAACAUUCCAUUGUUGAAACGUUGUCUUUAUUUAGACUCGUUUUAAACAUUUGAGUUUUUUGUGCCCAUGCCCACUGUUGCAGAAUCUGCUGGGUGUUGAUCCAGGAGUGACUGGAGGUUGUUUUUGUCACAAGUCUGAUUUCCUCAUGUGGCUAUAGCUACAGCUUUUACUCGUCGGUAGCGUAUGUGUUCAGGACAGUCAGGUUCGGUGCACCCCGCCCCUACCCCCCCACCCCUGUCAAAGGUCCAAGAGUUCGCAGAGGAGACUAACCUAUUGAGUCACUGCUAACUAGCAAUUACUGUAGCAACUGGGAGUCCUGUUUCUACUGCCUGAACGUUUUGUUUCAGUCACUCAGCUGAACUCCUACUUUGAUGUGCUGCUCUGAGCAGCCCUGGUGGACUUUGAUUGGCUGAGCUGGAAGCCAUGAACUGGCACAUCUUCUCUUGGGAGAUGGAGAUGUCACCUUUAACUUUCUGCACUCCUCUUCAUGCAGGAAGGCUUUUUAAAAUCUCAGUAUAUAAAUAUAUAUAUAUGAAUUUAUGAUUCAGAGAAUUUGUGCAUAUAAGUGUACAUUGUGUUAAUAGUGUGCCUAAAUGUACUUUAAACUAUUUUCAUAUUUUUCUUUACCCAAACAAGUCAAUCAAAAUGUCAUCACUCAAAAGGCUAGAGUAUGGGAUUCGUUUUUUAUUUUAUUUUUGGCAUCAUGCUUAGCAGAGUUUCCCUCGUGAGCACUUGUGCUCAGACCAGUAUAACACUAAUAAAAGGUAACUCAAAAUGG